AUGACUCCUUUGUAAAAGGCUAAUGCAUUUUCAUUACUUGAAAAAGAAUUGCAAGUGCAAUAACAGCUAGAGAAACUUUAUUUCAAUCAAGAAUCGGAUAUUGGAUAAAAUUAAAGUUAAAGUCAAAUAAAACUUAAUGUAUACAAUUAUGAUUCCCUCAACUAAGAUGACACGUUACUGAAUCAAUAACUAACUAAUUAUUUUGAGAAUUAAAUGUAGUAACAAAGUAAAAUUAGUUCCGAAGAGGAAAAAAAGGAUGAAUAAUCUGAGUUUAAUUAUAACUUUAAGCCUAUUUUCUUACAUGCUCAUCAAUAUCACUAUCAUCAAUAAACACAUCCCUAGUAUUUGAACAGAAAUCAGAUGAGUUAAAAUCCAUAUUAAUAAACAUAUUGGCCUCACCAAUCAUAUUCUCAAGCGCAGAAUUUCUCAGCAUAUCAAAAUUAAUAACCUUUUCAGAACUAUUAAUAAGUAUCUUCAUUGGAAAAAGCAAAUCAAUGGUAUGAGCAUUAAAGAAAAGAUAAGCUAGUUGAUGAUAAGUUUAAAUAUAAGAAAUUUCAAAGAAAGCUAUCUAAAUUGCUCAAAUCCAAAAAGUACAAGAAAUUGAGAUAUAUUUGCCAUACAGAAAUACAUAGAGAUAUGUUGGAGAAGGCAUUCAAUUAAUUCAAAAGUAUUUUUCCAGUUAAUAAUAUCAUUUUCAACGAGGAAAAAUAAUAGAUCAGAACAAUUGCUAUUGGUGAUACCAAACUUAUUACUGUUUUCAUAUUUGAGAAUUAGAAAUAAUGA